AUGGACGUCUACGUGUCUCUCUGCCGGUCCUUCGGACGACUGAAGACGGACCUGAAGAGACGGAAGAAAGUUUAUCGUCUCCUGCACCGGAAACUGAGGGUCCAUGGUCUCGAACCGGUGAAGAACCUGCUGAGAACCGUGUUCCCUGAGGGAGUCCAGAACCACCAGGACCCGGAUCAUGGUCAGGUGGUCUACGUGACGGAGAGCGACGCGUCUCAGAAAUGUCUGGACAUCAACAACUACGACAAGAGCAUGUGCUCCAUGUAUUUCCAGAGAUACAAGAACUGCAGGAAGUACUGGCACGGCAUCAUGGUCCAGAGGAGGCGGGUCGGCGUCCGGCCCGACAUGCCCACGGCCGCGGAGAGAGAGGAGAUGCUAACGGCGCUAGGAGGGAAGCCCUACUGAGGACGGACCUGGGGGCGGGGCCUGUUUCCGUGUGGGCGGGGCCUGGGCCUGUGGGGGCGGGGCCUGGGCCGAACAGAGGAAGUGAUUGUGAAGAGACUAUUCCUCCGUCUGUCCGUUUGUCCUGAAUAAAAACCAAACCUCGUACCUCGUCUGCAGCUCCGGUGUCAUGGUUUCCUGUCUGCCGUCGCCAUGGAAACGAGGAUCGUUCCCACUGAGGAAACCACGAGGAUUUUGGUUCUUUAGUUCCCAACGAUG